AUGGUCCCCCGUUCCCUUCUCCACCUCUCCAUAUUUGCGUCCCUGGUCGCAGCAGCCAAGCAGUGCUAUUUUCCUAGCGGGGAUGUUGCCCUCGACGACGUCCCCUGUUUUUCAGGUGACGCAGACUCACCAUGCUGCUCCAAAGAUUCGAUUUGUCUCAGCAAUGGGGUUUGUUAUGGGCUCUCACAACCAUAUGCGCUGAGUCGAGGCAGCUGCACCAAUAAAAACUGGCCAGACGGCGGAUGCGACGAUAAGUGUUCUGAAGCAACCGAUAUGCGCAAUAAAGGGUGUGCGCUGCCGUUGCAUCACAUUAUGGACAAGAAGUCUUACUAUUGCGCCAACUCUGUUGUAGUCAAUUCGUCAGGCGACCUCGCUUGUUACGCUGGCUCCCCCUUCACAAUUAAUUCCGGGGAGUUGAUUUCGGGUAAGGCUGCGCUCGCCAAUUACACUUCUGGUGAUACUAGCUCAAACACCACGGCGGAUUCGAGCACAACUGCAUGGGGCAAUGGUAAUAGGGAAGGGGGAAAUAACAAUGCUGUCGCGAUCGGGGCUGGGGUGGGAAUACCUCUAGGAGUCCUGCUUCUCACUGCGCUCGGUUGGGCAUUAUUCGAACGGAGAAAACGACUCUCUGUUCAGGCUUCGGUGGCGGGACUCCAAUCCCAGGCUGCUGCGACAACGGCAUACUUGGAUAGACCGGGACAGAAACCGGCUUAUUCUCCUCCUACUGAGCUCUCUGCCUACAACCCGCCCCAAGAGUUGGAGACUACCUUACGUUGA